AACGCACACCUCUUCCAUACUUCAAAGAUCGUUGAAUUAAUUCUCGAUACUUUGAUACACACUUCUUCAAAUCUUUCAAUACUUCCGUCGUCUGUUGAUACUCGCAAAGUCAAUCACGAUGGCCCCGGGCCGUCACGAGACUUCCGGUGCAGAUCCACCAGAACCUCCUGACAAUACAUCAACGCAUAAUACCCGCAAAUCCAAGAGAAAGGCAUCAGAGAUCAGUAACGGCACGAACGAGGCUUCAUCUUUCGGCAAGCGCUCCUCCACCAGAUCGACCAGAAAGUCGGCGGCCGCCAAUGAGACAUCUGAAGCAUCAGUCCAGCCCCCAACUAAGAGACGCCGUUCAUCCAAUGCUGUCAACUCUUCGGAGCCAGAAUUUCAACCAACGCCUGCAACUCAGCCAGAAACCCCUGAAGCAUUUGUCAAAGCAAAUUCCGAAGAAGAUAAUGUCGCCUCACCUUCAAAUAUAAAUGAUAUCCCGAAUAUCACUGUCGAAGCCCCAGCUGAAGAAGGAUCUUCUGGUGAGACAAAAUCCGACGAAGACAAUUUCCUCAGCCAAACUCCUGUCACUUGGGAUGCUCUUCCAGCCAAUGAAGAAGAAAAUGGUGAAGAUGUCACAACUACUCAAGCUACUCGCGGUGGCCGUGGCCGAGGCCGGGGUGGUGCACGAGGUGGACGAGGAAGAAAGCGAGCUGGUGCCAAGCCAAAGCCAAAGCCUGCACCAAAGCCGGUUGCUGCCACUCGUGGACGUCGUCGUGGUGGAAGACGCAAGGCCAGUGUCAAUCCCCGAAUUGAUGCUCAUAAUAUCCGCGCUGGAGAGCUCAAAGUGCACUAUACUGCACUUGCCAAGCUACAAAGGCAUGCAUUGGACGUACUUGCAGAGAGGUCCCUUAAGAUGCUCAUGGACGACGAAACCUAUCAUGAGUCCCUUCCCGAGUUUGAGGAAGUGACUGAUGGACUUCGCGAAGCGUAUGAGAAGGCUAUCAAGAUUCACGAUAACAAGCGGGAGCAGGAAGAAGCACAAGCAAAGCGGAUGUACGAGGCCGACCAGAAGAUUGCCCAUGACCAAUGCAAAGACCAAUGUGAGAAUGUAGAUGAAGCUGCUUUUGCACGCAUCGAGGAGCACACAAUGUAUGUCUGGCAUCAAUAUGUAAGAGGCGAUGAAUUAGAUGAGAUUCCAAUUCCGAAAGUCCACGAUGCAACUGAUGGAAAGUUGUACGAUGUUACACAUAUUCCGGUCAAGCAAAGCCUUCAUCCAUUUGCCACCCCCUACACUAAACCUCAAGACGCUGUGCCACUUCCUGCUGGAGAAGGCGACACAGAAUAUCUUCAACAUCCUGCUACUCUCUGGCAUUCCCUCAAUGCCAAGCAAAAGAAUGCUUUGGUCAAAGAGCGAGAUCUACAAACCAAGAAGAGACGGGAAGCCGCUGUCGAGGAGGAAAAGAACAGGGGAAAACCUAGUAAGAAGCGAAAGAGAGAGGCUCUUUUCCAACCACAGCAGACGCAUGUCACUAUUGAUGUCGAAGGCGAGGAAGAGGAAGAAGACGCCGAGGAUCCUGCCGGAGCUGCCACUACUGGUGGUGCCAAUAGCCCGGAAGAGGGCGACAUUGACAGCGUUGUCAGCAGUGAUGCCGAGGAAUAUCCAGAAGACGAUCUUGGAGUUUGUGUCCCAAGAAAGAAGGCCCGCCGAAAUGCCACAACCUUACCUAACAACCGCAUUCGAUACCAGCCAACGUUCAAGUUCAAAGACCACGAAAUCGGCCUUCGUCAACACUAUUUCAAGCGAAAAACCAACGCAGAGAUCGAGAAGAGUAAGAGACCUAAUGAGCAGUUUACCCUCCUAGGCAUUGAUGCCUCUCCGAACCGGGAGCACUUUUAUUUCGAGCAACGAGCUAAUGGAUGGAACACUGCCAAAAUGAAGCCUGAAGAUUUCGAUGAGCGUAUCGUCAAGACUCAUCGUUUGCACCCACGUUUCGGCAUUCCCCUUCCCAAGUCUAGGAAUGUCGAUCGCGAUGAGCGUAAGAGACCAUACUUCAAGGCAUCGACCAACUGGAACGAAGAUUUGAGAAUGCCCAAGUCAAAGAGAGUCGUUGAGACUUUUGCUGAUGGCCACCGGAAGCUGUUUCACUCUUCUCGAAGCUGGGUCCAAGAGACUGAGCAGAAAUGGGCCGCUCGCCCCGCCAGAGAGGCUAUGUACGAGGUUCUUAAAGCUUCUCAAGAUUAUGAGCUUCUCAACCCUGCUGAAGACUUCCGAGGCAUGGAUGUCUUGGCAUCAGCUGCUCAGAAUCAGGCAGAGCUAGAUAAGGAGAUCGAAGCCGCAGACAAGGCCAAGGCAAAGGUAGAUUAUGAAAAGAGAAAAGCCAGAGAUGCGGCUGAGAAACAAGCCAGAGAAGCUGCCAAGACUGCUAGUGCUACUCAGUAUGCUGGUGCUGCCGCCAUCCCAGCCUUUGGUACGAUGUCAAUGGCUUCUUCUUCCCGCUACGAUCCUGUCAGAGACACUACCUAUCAAACCCCAUAUCCACGACCUGUUCCCCCACCACGAGCACAACACAACGUGUAUCGCCAAGGUGGUCCUCUCUCCGCACUUGCCGAUAUGGCAGAUGUUGGUAACACUAUUCCCUCCACAGCAGGCAUGUCUAGACAACGAGGAUUCCUCCCUGGACCUCCCCCUCCAUCUACCAGAGCCGGACCUUCACGAAGCUGGGUUGAACCACCUGAUCUUCGAUCUGAGCUUCCUCCUGCACAUAUGAUGCUUCCUCACGUUCACCCCCAACCCAUGGCCAUGCAACCUCAACCACAAUUGGGCGGACCUACCAUGACUGGCAUGGCUCCAAACAAUUACUUCAUGCCCCCUCACCCUGGUCCACCUCCCCAAUUUCAAUCCCCUCGCGGUGGCAACCAAGCCAACCUCCGUCCUCUGCAACCUGCCCCUCCUCGAGGUGGCCGUCGCACAACUCCUCCCCAAUCACAAAACCGUACCUGGUACGGCAAUUGAUUGGAACUGUGAGACGAAACUUUGGGCAUUAUAUGUUCUUUCAACUCCUAGGACGUUGAAAAGUUCAUAGCGAAAAAUGUACAUAGGUCCACACAGAUCCGAGACCAUAAUGCAUUUGCUUUUGCUGAAUA